GAUGAAUUGCGGCUACAACCCUAAUUUCUACUCCAGCGCCGCUCUUCUUCUUCAUUCUGUUUUUGCAUUUUGUUUUCUUUCAUCUUCUUCCACCGCCUCCUGCUCCGGCGAAGGGCGCCGCCCUCAGCCACCGCCACCACCACCACCGUCAUCUCCCCCCUCUUGCCUCUCGCUCCUUGGCAUUCCCCCUUCUAUCAUUCACCGCGAACGGCGAGGUUGCUCCAUCUCCACACCGUCGCCACAAUCACCAUCUCCCCGCCGUCCACCAUCACCAAAAUUUCCCGUCGCUCUGACACGUCCGGCCUCCUCCGUCCUUGGCGCCUGAUCAAAAUCUGCGCCGCCGACCCGCUCAGUCUAUCACGUCGCUCCGAUUCGCCCGGCCUCAUCCGUCCUUGACGCCUGCGUCAGAAUCUGGCCUCUGGUCUCACCGACCCCCGCCUUCUCCGUCCUUGGUGCCACUGUUAGAAGCAGUAGCAGCUUCUUCAUCAGCUCAGCCGAUCCGUCGCCGUCGAACCGAUUAGCCAUAUCUACUGACCACACUUUCUCUAUCUCUUCUCUUUCCUUGAUUUAUGCGAAUGAUACAACUGUUGGGGCUACUGGUGUGGAUAUGAAGAUUUUACCCAAUGGAUAUAAAGAGACAUAUUCGUUAAAAGAGUUCCUCAAUUUCCGGCCAAAAUGGCUCAGGUUCAAAAUCCAAAGAAUACAUGCCAUUUCAUAUCAGGAUAAACCAUAGGAAAUACCAUAACAUCACUGCAGAAAGUUAGCUUUAGUAGGAGUCGGUCAUUCUGUCAUGGAAAAUGAGGAGAGGGGCUCUGAAAAGGUAUUUUCGAAUGGAGAUGUCUAUCGUGGUGCUUUUAAGGGAAUGAUUCCCCAUGGAAAAGGUAAGUAUACAUGGUUAGAUGGAACCAUUUAUGAAGGUGACUGGGAAGAAGGAAAGAUGGCAGGGAAAGGGAAGAUCCGUUGGUCCUCACAGGCUAUAUAUGAGGGUGAUUUUUCUGGAGGUUAUCUUCAUGGUUUUGGAACUUUUAUUGGUUGCGAUGGUUCCACGUACAGAGGUUCUUGGAAGAUGAAUUCUCAACAUGGCAUUGGGCGGAAGCAGUAUUCAAAUUCAGACAUUUAUGAUGGUUGUUGGAGAGAAGGAGUGCGAGAAGGCAGUGGUAGGUAUGCAUGGAGUAAUGAUAACAUAUAUAUUGGGAAUUGGAAAAAUGGUAGAAUGUCUGGUAGAGGGCUUAUGAAGUGGUUUAAUGGAGAUCUUUUUGAUGGCUUUUGGCUGAACGGGUUGAGAGAUGGGUCAGGCUGCUAUAGAUUUUCUGAUGGAAGUUAUUAUUUUGGAACAUGGUCUAAAGGGCUGAAAGAUGGAUCUGGAACAUUUUAUCCUGCCGGAAAUAAGCAUCUAAGCAAACUUAAUCUUGAAAGGCACAAAGACAAGAGGAAUAAAUUGCUAUCUCAGCUGUCAUCAGAUCAUUUAGAUGAAUCUAUGAUACCUAGUGUAAAGCGAAGUCUAUCUGAUAAAAUUUCAUCUAGCUUUAGAAAGGGUUCUGGUGGACUCUCUUAUAAAACUACAUUGCUGAAUGACGAGCUGAUCAGAACUGAUUCAUUGAGAGAAAUGACGCCACAUGAGAGAUCAGUCAGUGUCACAUCUAAUGGCUCUCAUGAUGGUCAAACUGAACCAGACAGCAAUACUGUGGCAUAUGAGAGGGAAUACAUGCAAGGAGUCCUUAUGAAAGAAAGGGUUAGAAAUAUAUCCAAACUAUCUCAUAGAAGUAAGCAACGCCUCAAAUUUGCAAAAGCUGUAGAAAAGAAAUCAUGUUUCAACAUUUUUGAAGGCCACAGGAGCUAUUUUCUGAUGCUUAGCUUGCAACUUGGUAUCAGGUAUACUGUUGGAAAGAUCACACCGGUUCCUAUGCGGGAAGUCAGAUCAUCUGAUUUUGGAGAACAAGCAAGAAUAAGAAUGUAUUUUCCAAGAAAGGGUUCUCAAUUGACUCCCCCGCACCAUUCUAUCGACUUUUACUGGAAGGACUAUUGUCCCAUGGUCUUCAGGAAUCUGAGAGAAUUAUUCAAGUUGAAUGCUGCAGAUUACAUGAUGUCCAUAUGUGGUGAUGAUGGUUUGAGAGAGCUUUCUUCCCCAGGAAAAAGUGGAAGCAUUUUCUAUCUUUCUCAUGAUGAUAGAUUCGUAAUCAAGACACUGAAAAAAUCUGAGCUUAAGGUGUUGUUGAAGAUGUUGCCUCACUAUUAUAGUCAUGUACAAGCGCAUGAUAACACACUCAUUACUAAGUUCUUUGGGACACACAGGAUAACAUUAAGGCGUGGAAAAAAGGUCCGCUUUGUGGUCAUGGGGAAUAUGUUCUGUACUGAAUUAAGAAUACAUCAACGAUAUGAUUUAAAGGGCUCGGUUCAGGGCAGAUUCACAAACAAAGAUAAGAUUGAUGAGACCACUACAUUGAAAGAUCUUGAUUUGACUUAUGAGUUUCAUAUGGACAGGUCAUUGCAUGAGGCAUUGUUUAGGCAACUAUCUCUUGAUUCUGCAUUCUUGGAAUCUCAGCAUAUAAUAGAUUAUAGCCUCCUCUUGGGCUUGCAUUUUAGAGCACCUGAACAUCUAAGAUCGCUAUUAGAACCUCCUGAUUCACAACACCAGGCUGCGAACACUAUUAGUGCUGAUGGUGUGAUUUCUCAAGGAGACAUCUUAAUUCCUCCAAGGGGUUUAGUCUUAGUCACCCAUGAGCCUGGUUCUGUCAGCAUUGCACCAGGUCCUCACAUUCGGGGUGAUACACUGAAAGCAUACUCUAUUGGCGACAAAGAAGCCGAUCUUCUUCUUCCUGGCACUGGAAGGUUGAGGGUGCAAUUAGGAGUAAACAUGCCGGCUCAGGCUAAUCACAAAAUCGUGCAGGCAGAGACCGAUAACGCUGAAACUGAGCUCUUUGAGGUGUACGACGUCGUUCUAUACCUUGGCGUAAUCGACAUAUUACAGGAAUACAACAUGAAAAAGAAGAUCGAACACGCGUGUAAAUCUCUUAAGUUUGAUCCUAUGUCAAUUUCUGUUGUAGAGCCAAAGAUUUAUUCAAAACGUUUCAUUACCUUCCUAGAGAAAAUCUUUCCUGUUCAACCGUAACGGGAUAGAGAGCCUUCAGAUCACCAAUUGGUUUUCUUAGGUGAUUGUAUUUGUAAUCUCUGUGUACAUGUUAAGCAUAUUUAAGAUUAUUUUUGUAUCUUUCACCUUCUGUUUUGGUAAUCGAUUCAGUACUUAGCUUUA